ACUCCUGCGUCGCCGUCGGGUAAUAGGGGCGGAGCCUGAACUGCGCGUUGCGCUGAUUGGACGCGCUUCCGAACGCACGCGGCGCUGAUUGGUCGGAUGCUUCCCGCCAUCCGUCGGCAGCCUGAGGAGCGGAGGCUGGAGACCCGACGCGAGGCGGCGGCUGUGGCGGCGGCUCCGGGGGCCGGACGGGGGAGCUUCUUCCAGCCGCAGGUGUUUGUUUUGUCUUGCUGUUUUAAAAUUAAGUCAAAAUGCCCAUAAGACCAGAUCUCCAGCAGUUGGAAAAAUGCAUUGAUGAUGCUUUAAGGAAAAAUGAUUUCAAACCUUUGAAAACACUUUUACAAAUUGAUAUUUGUGAAGAGGUGAAGAUUAAAUGCAGCAAGCAGUUUUUCCACAAGUUGGAUGACCUUGUAUGCAGGGAACUUAAUAAAAAGGAUAUCCAAGCAGUUUCAACAAUUUUGGUUUCUUUUGGAAGAUGUGGCAAAAAUAUCACUAUAUUGGGGCAUGCCGGACUUACAACUAUGAUAAAGCAAGGACUGGUCCAAAAGAUGGUUGCCUGGUUUGAAAAAUCAAAGGAGAUUAUUCUCAGCCGAGGAAAUUCAAAAGAUGAGGCAGUUAUAAAUAUGAUAGAAGACUUAUUUGAUCUUUUGAUGGUCAUACAUGACAUCAAUGAUGAAGGUAGAAGGCAAGUACUGGAAAGUUUUGUGCCUCGAAUCUGUGUCCUGGUUAUUGACUCAAGAGUGAAUAUUUGUAUUCAGCAGGAGACUCUAAAAAAAAUGAAUGCUAUGCUUGACAAAAUGCCUCAAGAUGCCAGGAAAAUACUCUCUAACCAAGAAAUGUUAAUUCUCAUGAGUAGUAUGGGAGAAAGGAUUUUAGAUGCUGGAGAUUAUGACUUACAAGUAGGUAUCGUAGAAGCACUAUGUAGAAUGACUACAGAAAAACAAAGACAAGAAUUGGCAUGUCAGUGGUUUUCAAUGGAUUUUAUUGCUAAUGCAUUUAAAGGAAUUAAAGAUUCUGAAUUUGAAACAGAUUGCAGAGUAUUUCUCAACCUUGUAAAUGGCAUGCUUGGAGACAAGAGAAGGGUCUUUACAUUUCCUUGUUUAUCAGCAUUUCUUGAUAAAUAUGAGUUGCAAAUACCUUCAGAUGAAAAACUUGAGGAAUUUUGGAUAGAUUUUAAUCUUGGGAGCCAGACUCUGUCAUUCUACAUUGCUGGAGAUAAUGAUGAUCAUCAGUGGGAAGCAGUGACUGUCCCUGAGGAUAAAGUACAAAUAUACAGCAUUGAAGUGAGACAAUCGAAGAAGCUACUGACCAUAAUUCUGAAAAACGUAGUAAAAAUUAGUAAAAGGGAAGGGAAAGAGUUGCUUUUGUAUUUUGACGCAUCAUUGGAAAUAACUAAUGUGACACAAAAAAUUUUCGGUGCAAGUAAAUAUAGGGAAUUUACCAGAAAACAAGGUAUUUCCAUUGCCAAAACAUCUGUGCAUAUACUUUUCGAUGCAAGUGGAUCACAGAUUCUAGUGCCAGAAAGUCAAACCUCGCCCAUCGAAGAGGAACUCAUUGCUUUGAAAGAGAAACCUAACUCCCAAAAGGAAUUUGCUAAACCUUCAAAAUACAUCAAAAACAGUAAUCAAGGGGACAGAAAGAAUAGUCAGCUUGAGAUAACUACUCCUAGCAAAAGAAAAAUGUCUGAAGCAUCAAUGAUUGUUCCUGGUGCGGACAGAUACACUGUGAGAAGUCCAGUACUUUUAAUCAACACAUCAACACCUCGAAGAGGAAAAAUUAAACCACCACUGCAAGUGAUGGGUUCUGCAGAAAAACCCGAUGUACCUAAAACCUCACAAAGUGGAGUGGACAAUGCUGUAUCUCUUGUAUCUAGACCAUCUGAAGGAAGAAAUACUGGAGCUAAUACAGACAAACACAUCGAAACUGCUAAAGUUGUAGGGAAGACAGAGAAUAAGAACAUUGAAUUCCCAAACCAAAAUAUUAAUGACCUGCAGGAUGUUGUUCCAGAUUCCCAGGCAGUGGAGAAAAUAGAUAAGCCUAUGUUACCUGGUGUUUCAGGCAACAUCUGUGGAAAUAAAAUGCCCUCCAAAUGGUCGUGCUGGACUCCUGUAACAAAUAUUAAUUUGUGUAACAACCAAAGAGCAGGCACUUCAUCAGGAGACACAUUCAGUCAAGGUGUAACUGUCAACAAAAAACUUAGGAAACAAAAAUCAUCCUCUUCCGUAUCUGAGGAUAAUUCUGAAGAAGCAGAAAAGGUGCGAUAUAAGAAAAAAAAAGUGCAGCAUAACAAAAUAGAGAAAGCAGACGUAGGAGUUUGCAAAAGAGACACUCAGCAACGACUAAAUCAUCCUAAACAUUCGGAGCAGAAAAACACUGAAAAUACCAAGCAAAGUGAUUGGCAUAUUGAAUCUGAAACUACUUUUAAGUCUGUUCUCCUAAAUAAGACAGUCGAAGAAUCUCUGAUCUAUAGGAAGAAAUACAUACUGUCAAAAGAUGUGAAUCCUGCUGUUUGUGAUAAGAGCCCUUCUCCUAGAAAAAAUGUGAAAAGUCAUAGAAAAUCAGGGAAAAGAUUAACGUCGGAACUUAAUUCCUGGGAUCUGAGACCAAAAAAAAUGAGAGAAAAGUCAAAAGACAAAGGCUUUACUGAUGCAGCAGAAACCUUGAUAAACCAAAUUAAUAAGAGGUAUAAACCAAAGGAAGAUAUAAAGUCUACAAGAAAAUUCAAGGAGUCUUUGAUUGACAGUGGCUUUUCAAACAAAUCUGAUCUGCAGCUCAGUAAGGAAAAGGUUCAGAAAAAAAGUUAUAGACAACUGAAGACUACUUUUGUUAAUGUUACUUCUGAAUGCCCCUUGAAUGAUGUUUACAAUUUUAAUUUGAAUGGAGCUGAUGAGCCUAUUAUAAAACUUGGAAUCCAGGAAUUUCAAGCUACAGCUACAGAAGCCUGUGUGGAUAAUUCAAUAAAACUGAUAGGUUUAAGGAAUCAUGAUGAACUUGAAACUUCUCUCAAAACAAAAGAUAAAAGAAUUGUAACAAAUCCUAAAAAGAAAAAUCUUUUUAGUGAUACUGACACAGAAUACAGAUGUGAUGACAGCAAGACUGAUGUCAGCUGGCUAAAGGAACCAAAGUCAAAACCACAACUAAUAGACUAUAGCAGAAAUAAAAACAUGAAGAAACCUAAAAGUGGGAAAUCAAAACCAUCUUUGGAAAGGGGACAACCAAGAUCUAAAGUGACACCCAACAAAAACAUCACCAAAAAGGUAGAGGAGACAGUUCCAGAUGGGAGAACCAGACUUCCACGAAGAGCAGCAAAAACCAAAAAAAAUUAUAAAGAUCUCUCAAAUUCAGAAUCAGAGAGUGAACAAGAAUUUUCACAUUCGUUUAAAGAGAAAUUGCUAGUAAAGGAGGAGAAUAUCCAUUCCAGAAGCAAAACCAUGAAGCUGCCAAAGAAACAACAGAACAUCUUCUCUGCUGAAACACAAAAGGAUAUAUCAAAGGAAUGGAAAAAUUCAUCUCUCCUAAAAGAUGCUAUAAGAGAUAAUAGCCUUGACUUAUCUCCUAUAUCCUUAUCUGGGAGCCCAUCAUCUAUAGAAGUAAUGAGAUGCAAUGCAGGUAUAGAGAAAAUAAGAGAAAGGAAUUUUACUCAGGAUUAUGACCGUAUAACAAACUCCCUAUCACCUUCUCCAAAAACUUCAUCCCCUGAAUCCUUAAGCAGUAAAUAUGGAGUUGGAGGUCCAAAAAAGUCACCUAAAAACAGUGACAAAAAUUUUUGUGCAAGAGAAAGUUGCUCGCUAAUUCCACGAUCCUUCUUGUUGGGAGGUCAUUCCGCAUCUCCACUAUCCCUGUCUAGUGAAGAAAGAGAGCAGAUAUGGUGUGACUUGCCUUGUGGCUCUACUCAUAUGUCAGGCCCCACACAGCAUCUUAGUCGCAAACGAAUGUACAUAGAAGAUGAUCUAAGUAAUGCUGAUGAAAUAGAGUUGGAAGAAGAGGAGGAAGGGAGAGUAUACUUGCUUCCCAAAAAGGUAUCUAAAACUGAGGAUAGAGAUCAUCACACUUACAAAGUAUCUGGAAGUGUAUCUCCAUUAUCAACAAAUGACUUUUCUUUCCCUGGGGAGAGCUGGGAAAGUGAGAUCGCCGAGCUAGGGGUGAUGUGCGAGAGCCUCAACACAGAAUUUAGGAGGAAGUUCGAUAUCCGCCAGAAAGUGAUGGAUUAUUUUACAAAGCAAUCUUGGAAAACGGCUCAACAACAUCUGAACACAAUGAAGCAUCAGAUUCAGGAGUACAGGAUCAAAAAACUUGACAAGUUCCAAUUCAUCAUCAUAGAGGAGCUGGAAAAUUUUGAAAAAGAUUCACAGUCUUUAAAAGAUUUGGAGAAGGAGUUUGUGGAUUUCUGGGAGAAGACAUUUCAGAAGUUUAAUGCCUAUCAAAAAAGUGAACAGCAGAGGCUUCACCUUUUGAAAGCAUCGCUGGACAAAAAUGUCUUCUACAGCACUGAUUACGAAGACACUGUUUUUACAUCUGAGAUGUGUUCGAUGAAAGAAAACAUGAAAAUGCUCCAAGACAGGCUCCUGAAGGAAACGGAAAUACCAGAGUAGCCCUACAAAGAGAAAAAUACACAUGUCACCCCGGCCAGAGUGCUUUUGUAGGGGCCUCCAAACCCAAAGAAAUGUCGCCUUAUGGAUGUGAAAGAGCCACUUUAACACGACUGCAGCCUCCAGAGACCUCUGCCUGUAGAAUACCGCUCUUCUUUGAAAGGGAAAUUUGGGGAACCAAACAGUAAAAAGAAUUUGCUUGUUUUUGUGGUAAUAUUUACAUUGCACAAAUCUUACCGAGUUAACUACACUCAUAAAACUAGCUUCUUUAAUAAACUAAGGUUUAUCAUAUAAAAUAUUUUUAAAAGAAUGCAGUUUGGACCAAAUAGUAUUACUAGUACAGAAUAUACUACAUGUAAUAAAAAUUCAGCAUGCUGAGAAAGGCUAAAGGCUCAGAUGUAAAACCCUUACCUGAGCGGAAGCCAGUGCUCUGAGCGCGCUCGGAGAGCGUGGACGUUUGGCUGCGCUUCCACUUACUGCGCUGUUGAGACAUCAUCGCUGUAGGUAGAAGGGCUCAGCUCCAGCAGCUGUUUUCACUGAUUCUUUUUAAGCUCCUAGUACUCAUUGUAAUAGUAUCUUGCUAACAUAAAAAUAUACAUGUUUUAACUAUAUAUUAAAGUUGAAAUAAAUGCUCUGUGACUUAAAUAG